CGUCGCCUCGUGCAGGAACGAGCGGGGAGCGGGGAGAAUGGUGUCGCACAGCUCCCCGCCCACCUCUACUCAGUUUCGCGCACGCCGCCGGCCGCCACGAACGUAAUACGUAUUAAAAAUUAUCAAAAUAAAAUGAGAGAGAGAUACCGAUACAAUUGGACGAAAUCACAAAGAAAAUUAAUCAAUCUAGUAAAAGAAUAUAACAUUUGUGAGAAGAUGCUAGAUAAAUCCGCAAUUGGUCUUGCUUCAGCGGAGGUAGCUUGGGAUAAGUUAUCUAAUGAGGCACAAGUGAAUGUGUAUAAGUGCCGCAGAAUGUGGCAUAGUAUAAGCAUGAUUUAUAAAAGAUUGAAGUUAAUGAUCUUAGAAGGAAACUUGUCCGAGUUCGAAGUCCGCAAGAAUUACAAGGUGGCAAAAUAUGUCGAUGGAAGUCUUGAUUUCCUAGAUCCAUUCAUUCUGGACGCAUCUGAAAAGCAAAUCUCCGAGAUAAAAACACAUAAAAAUACUAAGAAAAGUCUCUCUAAAUUACUUGGAUAUGACAUAGAUAAGAAAAAAAGUGAUUGUGGUAACGAUGAGACGUCUUCCGUUUCAUCUGAAGAAAGCGUUGUAGAAGAACCAGGAAUUUCUACUGAAAAUGAUUGUCGAUACAGACAGAAUAGACGAUGCGGACGUAGUGAUCUAGCUAAUUUUAUAGUAAAACACAGUUUCUCUAACAAAAAACCAUUUACAUUACAAACUUACAUGGAUGAUCUAGGACUAGCUGUAUGCAGUAUACAACAACCUAAAGAGCGUCGAUUAUUGAUCAAAGAAAUCGAUUCAAUUGUAAGUGAUUUAUUGCAAGGAAAUUGA